CCAGGCCCAUACUGGGAGGUGCUGCGGUGACUGACUGGAAGUUGGGGGUCAUCACAAUUGAGGCCACCAUGACAGGGGUCACCAUGGUAGGGAUUCCCCAUGACUGGAGACACUGUACCUGGGACCACCAUGGAGGGUCACUGUGGUUAGUGCCACCCAGGUGUGUCCCAUGGGUGACCUUUGCCUGCAGGUGAACAACAAUGGCGUGGUGUCCUUCGGGAUGAUGGUCCCAGAGUUCACCCCCCAGCCCUUCCCACUGCCAGGCCACCGCCCCUUUGUGGCACCAUACUGGGCUGAUGUGGACACCCGUCUGGGAGGGGACGUCUUCUACCGGCAGAGCCGGGACCCCCAGCUGCUGGCACGCCUGGCCCAGGACCUGGCACCUGCUGUGUCACCUGGGGACCCACCCCCACAGCCUACCUGGGCAUUUGUGGCCACCUGGGACCAUGUGGCCUAUUUUGGAGCUGCCUCGGACAAGGUGAACACUUUCCAGGCUGUGCUGGCCUCCGAUGGUGUCACCUGUUUUGUCCUGCUCAACUAUGGAGACUUGCAGUGGACAACUGGCAUUGCUAAUCAGGGGGAUCCCCACACUGGCCUGGGGGGCAUCCCUGCACAGGCUGGGUUCAACGCUGGGGACGAUGUCCACUACUACAAUGUCCCAGGGUCACGGACACCCACAGUGCAGAGCCUCAGCCACCGCAGCAACCUGGGAGUCCCAGGGCGCUGGGCUUUCCGUGUUGACCACUUUAAGGCUACUGAGGAACCCCCUGAGACCCCUGGAACCCUGUCAAAGACAUCUGAGGCCCCCUGGAGUCCCUUGGCACCCCACAAGACCCCUUCAGUAUCCCCCAACCCCCCCAGGACCACAGAGGAGCAGGUGUAUGUCUGUGGGUUGUGAGCAGGUGACACCUGGGACAUUUGAGGUGGGGGGGGGUUGCCUAACAGCCCUCACCCCACCCCCACAGAAGGAUUUUCCCCCACAGAGGCUGCAUUUCAUGAUGGAAAUAGCAAUAAA